AUGAAUCACAACAUCUCAGGGUGGGACAGCACAUCUCUGUAUGGAGACAGACAGCACAUCUCUGUGUGGGGACAGACAGCACAUCUCAGGGUGGGGACAGACAGCACAUCUCAGGGUGGGGACAGACAGCACAUCUCUGGGUGGGGACAGACAGCACAUCUCAGGGUGGGGACAGACAGCACAUCUCAGGGUGGGGACAGACAGCACAUCUCAGGGUGGGGACAGACAGCACAUCUCAGGGUGGGGACAGACAGCACAUCUCAGGGUGGGGACAGACAGCACAUCUCAGGGUGGGGACAGACAGCACAUCUCAGGGUGGGGACAGACAGCACAUCUCAGGGUGGGGACAGACAGCACAUCUCAGGGUGGGGACAGACAGCACAUCUCAGGGUGGGGACAGACAGCACAUCUCAGGGUGGGGACAGACAGCACAUCUCAGGGUGGGGACAGACAGCACAUCUCAGUGUGGAGACAGACAGCACAUCUCAGUGUGGGGACAGACAGCACAUCUCAGUGUGGGGACAGACAGCACAUCUCAGUGUGGGGACAGACAGCACAUCUCAGUGUGGGGACAGACAGCACAUCUCAGGGUGGAGACAAGACAGCACAUCUCAGGGUGGAGACAAGACAGCACAUCUCAGGGUGGAGACAGACGGCACAUCUCAGGGGUGGAGACAGACGGCACAUCUCAGUGUGGGCACAGACGGCACAUCUCAGGGUGGGGACAGACGGCACAUUUCAGGGUGGAGACAGACGGCACAUUUCAGGUUGGAGACAGACGGCACAUCUCAGGGUGGGGACAGACAGCACAUCUCAGGGUGGGGACAGACAGCACAUCUCAGGGUGGGGACAGACAGCACAUCUCAGGGUGGGGACAGACAGCACAUCGCAGUUCACAAUAGAACAUUUUGUAAAAUACAUUUUUUAAAUUCAUUAAAUCCGAAUACUGACCAUAAUAUAUGGACAUAAAUCUGUUCCAAAUUGGACCAUUAUUCCCUGUGUAUGUAGUGCACUACUUUAUAGGAUUAAGUUCACUAUAUAAGGUGUCAUUUGGGACACUUCUCAGUUUGUUCUAAACAUUGGAGUGUCCUGUAGCUGGUAUCCUGUGUAACUGUUUUCUCCCCCCAUGCUGUCUAACACUGUCCCAUCCCCUCUACAGGACUAUGGCAAGGAGUCUCAGGCCAAGGACGUGAUUGAGGAAUAUUUCAAGGCCAAGAAAUGAGGUGUCAUUUUCAAUAAAAGCUGAGAUGAAGUG